AUGGACGAUUCAUUGAUCAAUCCUGUGUUAAUAUCAUCAUCGGCGCAUCUCGAAGAUGUCGAACAGUUAAUCAAAAACAUUGAAAAACAGACCUUCAUUGCUGAUAAUCUUUUAAACAUAUCUCAUAGCUCCAAUGUCAAAGAAACGGUAAUCAAAUCGUUCACGUCUAAUUCAUCAGACAUUGCCCCGUUGGACAAUCAUCUUCUUUCAAAAAUUAUUCCAGGUGUCAAUGGUACUUCGAAUAAAGAUGAAAACGUUGUUAAACAACGCGAUUCAUUAGAUGUGGAUGAUGUGAGGAAACAACAGAUCUUUUCCGCAACAACAAAUGAUCAAAGUUUAGUCCACGAACCAGACACUGCAUACACUUGGGAUGACCAAUAUGAUGCACGUGCGAAUUACCGACUUACUUUUAGUACUGAUAGAUUACAACAAGCCGAUACCAAGUCAGAUAAAUCUCGUCGAUAUAAACAUCAAGCAACAAGUCAACAGAUAACUACAAACUAUUCCGAUGAUGACAUUCCGAUGAAUAUUAACAAUAAUAUGAACGAUUGGUCAAUACGUUCAUCUUCGAAUAUGUUAGAUCAAUCAAUGAAUCCAACACCAACGGCACAGCAACAACCGAUCCCGACAAAUCAAUCUUCAGGCUCAUCGACAACAUCAUCGUCAACAUCAUGGCGACAAACGAAGGAAAGUCAACGUACAGCAGGAGGAAUGCAAUCAAAAGACGUUCGACCGCCAUCACCGUUAUGUCUAUACAAGAUUUUUCAACAAAAAUCCAAUAUGAAUCCACUGCCGACCAUCCGAACUAUUUUUCCCUUGAAUCCUCUCCAACGAGAUCUGCUCACUCCUAAUCAUAAUACUGAAAGUAGUACAGAUAAAUCGAACAAUCAUCGUCGAUCUCGGCUCAGUUCUGAUCAAGCUAUUCAAACCUCACUGCAUUCAGCACCAAAUAAUCGUCAUCGAUCUACAUCUGUAGCAGCACGAAAAUCCGAUUCAUUCGAUCAACUGGCAACUUCGACUCGAACUCUCAUUCAUAAGUCUCUACCCGAUCUUUCAUUUAUAUCUCAAUAUACCAAAGAGUUACCUCGAUCUCAUACAACAUCGUCGUCAAUCUUGAUCUCAAAUAAUACUCGAGCAACACCAUCUCCAACAAUUAUCCAACAACCCAAACAAGAUUCAGAUCGACCACGUACAUUGAAAUCAAUUAAACGGUACAAGAAUAACAAACAUUCUACAGAACCUCUGGGAGUCUUCUACAGUCCACAAUUACGAAAGACAUUUGCAGCUGUGCCAAUAAUAACAGAAUCGAGUGCAUCAUCGCCAACUGCACAUAUCAACAAAUCUCAAGCAGCGAAUCUCAAAUCUUGUUUGAAAGCCGCAUCACGGGCAAAUUCUUGUGAUAUUCAAAAUGCCAUUGAAGAACAGAAGUCGCCAAUGUCAAAUAAGAAGCUCAUGAAUAAUCAGCAUUCCAUUCCACAACCCAAAUCACCGUCGUCAUGCAUCCGCCGAAGUCCGGGUGUCAAUAAACUCAAAUAUUUAGACACAGUUUGGUCUUCCAACAAACUUAGUGCAUACAUGUUACCGGAUUCGUCGCGAGGUCAUCAUUCCGAACAUGACCUAAUCUCGUUAAUUCCCGGGGAGAAUUCUACAAAGAAGAGUAUUAGCUUUUCCGAGGAUAUUUCCAAACAACUUCUAUCGCCUUGUAACCCAGCAAUUGCUUUCACCACUGACCUUCCAUUAGAAGUAUAUGAAAGUAACAAACGGUUGACAAAACGAACAACGGCACGAUGUAGAGACGUACGUCGAUGUCAGACUGACAUUAUUGCUGUUGAUCCUGUUCUUCACCUACAUUCAUUUACUGACAGUCCACCAAAUGAGUUCUGUUUACAGCGAGAUGAUGAUCAGACGGACGACGAUGAACUUUUGAUGAAAAAUUCAACGAUCAAUAUCAUUACCGAUCUCGACGAAACCAUGCCUAUCAGUAAGGAAAUUCAAUCACCCUCUCCCAUCGAUCAAGAAAAGAAAUCCUCGAUACUUGAUGAUAUUGUUGUUACUGUCAAUAACAUCGUCAAACGUUUGUUAGAAAUAAAACAAACUGGAAAGAUGUUCUUUCUUGAUAAUGAACAGAAUUCCCAAUUGGAUGUCUUAUUGAAAAACGAUCUGUGCCCUGCAAUUCAAGCCAUUCUCGAACAUGGCCGGAAAGAAUUGAAGAAAACGACUCUAUGGAAAAUCAUCGAAUCAUCAAUUGACAAGCAUCCUUCAACAACAGCACAAGUACCUUUAGCUUAUCAGGAAGCGAAACUGAUCGCACAGAAUACAUCAUCAUAUUGGUUAUUUAAAUUCCAAGCUUUUAUUUUUAUCCUAUUAAAUAAAAAUGAACUCAUUAAUUGGCUUUAUUAUUUCACUCGACAGAAAGAGAUUCUCCUCCGCUAUUAUCAAUCACCUGAUGCUUUAAUUCUCGUUUCGAUAUCGUCAACAUUCAAUCUUUUCGAACGAAUCAUGACACAAUUAGAGAAACUCACUACACUUACCUUCCGUUUGACAUAUCAUACACCAGAUCUGUCAUCGGUCAAUGACGAACAAUUGAAUACAUCGUACAUUAGUAUUCAUCCGGCGAAGACGUGCGCACGUGAUUGGGUGAUGACUAUUUCACGACGAAAUCCGAAAACAUUCACGCAACCGAUUCUACAGAAUUCUUCCAAUGACACCUUUCGUUCGACAUUAUCCAGGAAGUUUAAUGCUAUAUUCAGCAAAACAAAUCCGCCGCAGCAGAUGAAAUCUUCGCCAGUCAUCGCCACGAAAAUGCCCGACGGCAAAAGGCAAAGCAAAUCGCCCGGCCCGACACGUCGCGCACGUUUUUCUAGUGUAUUCAGUAAUGCACCAACAACAGUUACCACGACGAUCUCCAGUCCAAAAAUAAAGUAUACAAUACGACCAAGUACAUCUCCAUCGAGAGGAGCGACUAUGCUAACUCAAUCGAAAAUUCCACGUCCAUCGUUGAAUGUCGAUAAGCCUAAAUCAGUUCGAUAUCACUCUACAGCACCGUCAUGA